AUGGAAAUGAUUAGAAUUUUUUUAAUUUAUUUAAUUUUAAAAAUAAUAAUAAUUAAUGGGGAAAAUAAUGAAUAUAGCAAAGGAUAUGGAGUUGGAAUUGUAUUUCCAGGUUCAAAAUGUUUGAACUAUGUCGGGGAUUCAAUUGGCCAACCACUUUGUAAUAACAGAUUAUUUAAUGGAGGUAAAAAAAUUUAUUCAACUGUUACACUUGUUGAUAAUAAAAAUAUUUCUUCCCAGGAACUUUCAAAAAUAGAAAUUUUAAAAUCUUUUGAAGCUUUAACAUUUUUACAAGACCAAUGCGAUGAUUUAUUAUUUACCCAAUUCGGUUUGUGCGAUUUAAAUUUUUCUCCUUGUGUUGAAACGAUACCCAAAAUUACACCUCUACAAAAUGUUUCAUUGCCUCAAAGAUUAUGUAAAUCUGUAUGUGAAAGAAUGGUCUCAAAUUGUCCAAGACUUUCUUUGAAAAUUGAUUGUUCAAUUUCCUUUUUAUUUCCAGAGAUUGGAACUGAAUAUAAUUUAACACUAUAUGGGUAUACUGAAAAUAAAGGAUUAUAUAAGGUACCAUGUAUUGAUCCAACAGACGGGUAUAAUAAUAUUUCCAACCAAAUGGAAUUAAUUCAAGCUUGUCCAUACCCACUUCUUUUAAAAAAUUCAAGUGACCCAAAAUAUUCACCCAAUAAAGGUUAUACCUAUCUCCCACCAACAAACUGCGUUCUAACUUGUCCAAUGCCAAAUUAUACAAAAACCCAAUGGAAAAGAGUUUAUGAUAUGGCUAAAACCUUAUCAUCAAUUAGUUUUAUUUGCGCUUGUUAUAAUAUUUUAACAUUUGGAAUUUUAAAUAGAAAAAGAAAAUCAAAAUAUAAUAUAUGUAUCACCUUGAUGUCUACUUCUAUUGCAUUGGUUUAUUUAACUGAUAUUAUUAAAUUUGGUUAUGGUAUUGAGGAGUUUCUAUGUCCAGAGCCAGGUAGAAGUGCUGUUCAAAAUGAUGCUGCAUGUGGAAUUACCGGAGCAAUGUUUCAUUUUGGUAUAACCUAUUGUUGUUGCUGGGCAAUGACAAUGAGUAUAGUAUUAUUUUGUAGUGUAAAAAGAAUAAAACUAUUUUAUUUUAGACAUUUUAUGAUUGGAAAUACAAUUUUUACUAUAAUAACAACUGUUAUACUUUUAUCAGCAAAAAAGAUGGUUGCUGGUACAGGUUAUAUUGAAUGUUGGGUUAGAGAAAGAUGGUUUGUUAUUACACUUUUUUGGUUGCCUUGUGGUAUUGGUCUUUCAAUUGGUAUUUUCUGUAUUGGUGGCGUUAUUCAUGAGAUUUAUAAUAUUUCAAAAAAAGUUAACAUUAGAGAGAGUGAAUUUAUAUUAAGACAAAUCAAACCUUUUUCUUUAGUUUUUUCUGUUGCUGGCUCAUUUUUGUAUUUAUUUAUUUUCUUUUUUGAUGUUGAAAGGAAAAUUGAUUCAUAUAAAGCUGCUGUGGCAGAUUAUGUACUUUGUUUAUUAAGUGGUGGGUCAGAAGAAACUUGUUUUACAACUGGACCGAACUAUGCAUCUUUUUUCAUUUUUUAUUUUUUUAUUAGAGUUUUUGGUGUUUUAUUCUUUUCAAUAUAUGGAACCUCAAGAGUUGCAAGAGAUAUUUGGUCAGAGGUUGUAUUUGAUGAAGUAAGAAGCAGACUUUCCCAAAGUGAAUCUGGAAUUUCUAGAAACAAUAGUAGAACUGAUAUCAGUUUUGGAAAAAAUAAUAAUAGUAAAAAUAGUAAUAAUAGUAAAAAUAGUAAUAAUAGUAAAAAUAGUAAUAAUAGUGACAACGAUAGUAAAUCUAUUGAACUUGAAAAAAAAUAA